UAUAUUGAACUCGUCAGAUAUUUUUUGAAGCUUAUACAUACAUAUAUUCAGAUUGUAGCAAAUGUUUUCUUACUCCAUUCAACAGCAACUACACUGUCGAAAGGUAUUGAAAUGUCAAACUCGACAAAAAUUUAGCAGGAUUGAGCUCACUACGGUCUAAGCCGACGAUAUGAGGAAUAACGGACGUUAUAUUUCAAGGACGCCAUUGAGAAAUGUACAAGCUAUUCAAAUAAAUUCUCCAUUGUUGGCGAAUAAAGGCAACACGAGCCGUUUCAAAAAAUACGCCAAUAUUUGGGUAAUACUAUUACUAGCCAUCAUUGGCAUUUCAUUGGGUUUGGUUCUUGGAUUAAGAAGUAAACAAAAUGGGACUUUAAAGCCUGGUUAUGGUGUCGUUGUUUCAAAUGGUGAUGGUUGUGCCGAAGUUGGGGGACAAAUACUAAGUAGCGGUGGCUCGGCUGUGGAUGCUGCGAUUGCUACUUUGUUAUGUGAGGGUGUGAUGCUGCCUCAUAGCAUGGGUGUUGGCGGUGGGUUUGUGGCUACAAUUUACUGCAAGGAAACGGGUAAAAUCGAAACAAUAAUAGGUCGUGAAACCGCACCAGCUGCUUCAAAUGAGAAAAUGUUUAUUAAUAAAAAAAUUACAGGAGCGCUUGCUGUUGCGACACCCAGUGAAAUAUAUGGAUAUUGGUGUUUGCAUGGAAAAUAUGGGAAAUUGCCUUGGAAGGUACUAUUCGAACCGACAAUUGAGCUAUGCGUUAAGGGUCUUAAAGUAUCAAAAUAUUUGGCGAACGUAUUAAAUAUAUAUUGCGAUCGCAUACGCAGUGAACCCUCAAUGGCCGAGAUAUUUAUUAAUCCAGAAACUGAUGAGCUUUACAAAGAAGGGGAAGUAAUGUAUCGCCAAAAAUUAGGCGAAACCUUGAAAAUAGUGGCUGAAGAAGGUCCAGGGGUUAUUUAUAAAGGUGGGAGAAUUGGCAAAAAACUUGUACAGGAUAUACAAGAAAUGGGUGGAAUUAUUACAGAAGCAGAUUUACAAAACUACGAAGUCCGUUGGGAAGAUGCAAUUGAGGUACAAUUGAAACAUGGUUAUACCUUACAUACCACCCCCUUGCCGACUAGUGGUGUUGUGCUGGCUUUUAUACUUAAUGUAAUUGAACCGAUGUAUACAAAAAAUGAACCUGUAUUUUGGCAUCGAAUGAUUGAAACUUUCAAACAUGCAUAUGGACAUCGAACUUUAUUGGGUGAUGUACAUUUUGAACCGCAUGUUGCUGAGAUCUACAAAACUAUGCUUGACCCAAGUUUUGCGGCUAAGUCUAGAGAACUUAUCUUGGACGAUCGCACAUACAUGGAUUUUACUCACUACGGGGCGAAUUUUACAAAUGAAGAAGACAGGGGAACGGCAAACAUUGCUAUAUUAGCACCGAACGGGGACGCAAUAGCAGUAACAAGUACCGUAAACAGUCAUUUUGGCUCCAAAGUUCGAUCCCGACAAACAGGAAUUAUACUUAAUGACGAAAUGGAUGAUUUUUCAACUCCAGGAGUUGUAAAUGCGUAUGGUAUACCAUCUUCGCCUUCUAAUUACAUAAAACCUGGCAAACGUCCAUUAAGUUCAACGUGUCCCAGCAUAGUGCUUGAUCAAAAUGGAGAUGUUAAGUUAAUGGUAGGAGGUGCUGGGGGUUCUCGGAUCACAACCUCUGUUGCUCAGGUUAUAAUCCGGUAUUUAAUGCUAAACUAUACAAUACACGAAUCCCUUGACGCUGGACGUGUACAUCAUCAGCUGGCGCCUAUGCAAGUGGACGUAGAACCUGAGGUACCAGAACACAUUAACAAUUAUUUGUUGAAAGUUGGUCAUGAAGUUAAUUAUUUGAAUGGAGAUAAGGCAUAUUCGGCACUAACUGCAAUUGGCCUAAAAACAGAGGUGCCUCAGGCCGCAUGUGAUCGCCGUCGUGUAGGCAGCUCGAAAAUUAUUUAUCCAGAUGUUUAAAGUCUAAGAACCACUACUAAAACAUUCGCAUUUUAACGAUUUCCUGCACAUUUUGUAUAUUUUGUAAACCUAGAUAUUUCGUAUGGUUUGAUCUGAGUAAAUAUUGACUGUUGUAUUAUGAAUCAAUACCUUUUAGAGUAACCUUCUAUACUUGCAUAAUU